AAGUACCAACCCUCCUCUCCCACACUUUCUCUCAGUUUCCCAGAAAAUUUUUCUUUUCCAUUGACUGCUCAUACCUCAUACCUCAUACCUCAUACCUUAUACGUUACAAUCUUUCACUCUCUACUUAUACUGUGACUUUCUAGAGAAAAAAAAAUGUCAGCUGGAUCGGGAAAGAGCUGGAAAAUCCGCUGCAUUGUCCGGGUCCGCCAAAUGCUAAAGCGGUGGCGAACCAAGGCCUGCCUAAUGGACGUCCCUGCAGGCCACAUGGCCGUCGUCGUUGGGGCCAACAGCCGUAGAUUCGUCAUACCCAUGUCCCAUCUCAAUCACCCAAUGUUCCGGUACCUACUCGCAAAAACUGAAGAGGAGUACGGUUUCACCAACAACGGGCUGUUGACCAUCCCCUGCGACGAGUCGCUCUUUGAAGAGAUCAUCCGAGCGAUUUCCUCUUCUGACCCACCAUCGAAAGCCGCCUGUUCCAGCAGUUUUUGCCGGAUCGGCAUGAAGAAGAAGAAGAUCGGACUCUUCAGCGAGUCUCGACCAUUGCUCCGUGGGUUUGCUGAUGAAUUGGUCCAUUGAGAGUAAACUACAAACUCAGCUGAGUUACCGAGUUUUGGAGUUGACUAGGCGAGUGUUAUUAAUAAUUAGUGUUUUAUUUAUUUAAUUAGAGUGCUUUAAGCCUUUUUAACGGUAAGAUUAAUCAGGAGAUGACAAAUUUGGUUGUUUUUAGUUUACAUAGUCAUCCCGAUUUAAGGCUGAGUUUUGAGGUGUGUUAUUUUCUUUUCUUUAAUUUUUUUUUCUAGGUAUUAUUUGUAAAUUCAAUUCCAUAAGUGGAUAAGAUUGAUUGG